ACCUAACAAUGAAGCACUCAACCCCUACUGAUGUGCUUUUGUCACUGUUCUUACAAUUGCAGCACAUCACAUCCUGUGUCGAAGAGUUGUGUACCAUUUCAAGAAGUUGGAACUGGUCGCCGAGGACCAUGUUCAGUAAUGGCUGGCAUACCAUCAUGCAAACGAGCAACUUCAAAACCUGCAGCAGGUGCACCCAUAAAAAUAGCAUGCCUGAAAUGUGGCAGACAGAAUCCCAUCUAGUGAGGUUGUGGAAAGCAGUCCUUUCAGGUACAGAAAGCCACUUCAAUGAACGAUGCAAAGAGAAAAGGAUCCAUUCUGGUACUCGGCACCGGCACUUCAGUAUCACUCAUAAUCUCAGAUCUGCUCUUGUUGCUGUUAUCCACACACCUAUUGCAUACUACCACACUACUUGCAGUUCUUGUGUUGUUACCAUUCACGUUUAGGCAUCUCAUAAGCAGGUUUUUCCUUGAUUACAAAUAGGUGGGGUCGAAAAAUGAUUGAAACCCAGAGACCUCAUUUGUCCUAAAUCUGCCUCUGUUUGUGGCAAAUGAUGAAUACCUGUAAAGAAAGUGUGAAAGCCUCAUUUUUGCAAUUCUUGACACCGUAGAAGCUGGAACGACCUAUCCAACUCCGGGUGAAUGAAGACUUGCUGAAGAUAACGCAUUCCACCGGCGUGGGUCCAAGCAGGACCGUGGAGCUCCGAAUGAACGGCUGCCUGCACUCAGGCGUAUCGCUUUAAGGUGCGCGCACUCGCUGGUGUCGACUGAUGACCACGUGACGCCCGCUGACGUCGCCUCGCGUGUCCAUUCAGAGUUGGCGGGUGGAGUAACUUUGCCUGAACUUUUUUUGCUAAAGAUUUUUUUGUGUAAAUUUUGAAAGAAGUACCGGUCAGUCAAAGACUGAGGAAUGGAUAUUUAACGUCUCAUUGAAAAAAUCCAGUUAAACCGAUUCUAACUUUGCUGUACCCGGUAGGCGUCGCGUGCUGCCUUGUCUGCCUGUUAAACUCUGUAGUUUUGGGGCAAUUAUAUCGCUAUCUCCUAACGAAAAAAUGCUUAUGGGAAAAAACUAUUUCGAUGUCUAAUAGAGACGCCGCUGAACUUUGAUAUUUUCGAUAACGGAGGAGGUGUGUUGGCAUGUGGCGGGGCAGAAAUCACUUGUGACAGGCAGCUGAACGGAGCACGCCGGCAUCUUACACUUACAGUACUUUUUUGAAGCGACUCGAUUACUGCAGUUCCGUGUCGGGGUAGACGGACAAAAAUCUCAUCAUCAUUUUGUUUUCUGUACGCUGAAAAUGUUGGGGCAGUCGCUCGUUUAACCUUUUUUUUAAUUUCGGUUUCGUGAGGAAAACCACUAAGCAAGAACCUGGGUGUACUUUUUGAUGCAACAGCUUCAGAGUUCAUGCAGUGGAAAUCGAAGACGAAUUACAGGACGCUGCAAGAUGAGAUCUUGUAAAAAUGGGAUGAAGACUUUGGACGGGUACGUGCUGUCGGUGGACGUGGGGACAACCACCAUCAGAGGUUACAUUUAUGACAGGGACGGCAGUGUCAGAGGCGCCAGCAGCAAAAAGAUUAAACUUUUGUACCCAAAACCAGGAUGGGUGGAGAUAGACCCAGAAGAGCUUUGGCAACAGUUUGUCAGCAUAGUAAAAGAGGCUGUUCAAGCCGCAGGUUUGCAGAUGAAACAGAUAUUAACCUUAGGAAUCUCAACACAGCGAGCUACAUUCACUACAUGGAGCAAAGAAACCAGGAAACCUUUUCACAACUUUAUUAGCUGGCAGGACCUCCGAGCAACUGAGCUAGUGAAGUCUUGGAACAGUUCGUACUUAAUGAAGGUAAUUCAUGGCUGUGGCAAAAUGUUGCACUUUUUAACCAGACAAAAAAGAUUUCUUGCUGCAAGUAUUAUCAAGUUUUCAACCCAGCAUGUCACAUUUCGUCUGGCUUGGGUCUUGCAGAACAUAAAACAGGUACAGGAAGCUGUAAUAAAAGAUGACUGCUGCUUUGGAACAAUAGAUACAUGGCUACUGUACAGACUCACCAAUGGUGUGGUACAUGCGACUGAUUAUUCUAAUGCAAGUUCCACUGGUAUCUAUGAUUCUUAUCAGUUGUGUUGGAGUGAGUUUUUUUGCUCUCUCAUAUCUUUGCCGCUGUCUAUAUUUCCUAAGGUUGAGAAUACAAGUCACAGCUUUGGCACUUCAGAUCCUGAAAUUUUUGAUUAUCCAAUUCACAUUAAAUGUCUUGUUGCUGAUCAACAGGCAGCUAUGUUUGGGGAGUGCUGCUUUAAUGUAGGAGACAUUAAAAUUACAAUGGGUACUGGUACAUUCAUGGAUAUCAAUACUGGCAGCAAACCUCACACAUCAAUUGCAGGAUUAUAUCCAGUCAUUGGGUGGAAAAUUGGACAAGAACUGGUCUACCUAGCUGAGGGCAAUGCAGCUGAUACUGGCACAGCAGUUAAAUGGGCACAGCAACUAAGUCUUUUUUCAGAUGCAGCAGAAACUGAAACAAUGGCAACUAAUGUGUCUGACAGUGAAGGAGUCUGUUUUGUUCCAUCCUUUAGUGGUUUGCAGGCUCCCUUGAAUGAUCCUCGUGCUUGUGCUUCAUUUAUGGGCUUGAAACCAACAACAACAAAAAAUCACCUUGUUCGAGCAAUCUUGGAAUCUAUAGCUUUCAGAAAUAAACAACUUUAUGAGACCAUGAUUAGAGAAACCUGCGUUCCAGUGAGCAACAUCAGGGCUGAUGGAGGAGUUUGCAGUAAUAACUUUGUGAUGCAGCUCACAUCAGACUUGCUAAACCAGAAAAUUGACCGGCCAAAACAUGUUGAAAUGUCUAGCCUUGGUGCAGCAUUCAUUGCAGGAUUAGGAAUAGGUUUCUGGUCUAACACUGAAGAGCUAAAGUGUUUAAGAAGCACAGAGAAAGUGUUCCUCCCUAAGAAUGCAAAUAAAAAUUAUGAACACAUUAUAGAUAUGUGGGAAGAAGCUUUGAAGCGUUCUAUGCACUGGUACAGCAAAAGAUAGCACAGUAUAUACAGAGUGUUAUAAAAUGCAUCUUUUACUUGAACUGUGCGUAUUAAUACAUUUAGCUCAGAUUAGAAAAUGUACAGUUUAUUAUGAAAAAGUAGACUAUUUUUGUAGUGAUGUCUCAUUGCAAGAUAGUAAAAAAGGCCUAUUAGGACUAUGACAGAUCAAUCAUCAUUUCCUAUAUUACAACACACAUACUGUCGUUGUGCAUUCACGAAUGAGGCUAAGUGAUGAUGUAUUGGCUAGCAAAUUUCUGAACAAAAGCAAGGCUGAAAUAUUUAUACAGCUGCUUGUGACCAGUUUUUUACACUGAAUCAGAAUCUUAACAUUACAAAUGUACUUUCAUAGUAAUUAAAGCUUGAUAAUAUGAUUUUCUUAGCUUAGUGAAAUUAAUUAUAAUUAAUUAAUUAUGGAUUUUUUAGAGGUAAAUCCUAUGAUCACAAUGUCACACCAUACAUUUGAAGAUACCUCUUUUUGACAUCUCCAUUCUGUUUCUUUUUGUUGACACUUUCAACUUUUAGUCAACCAUUUUCUUGGAGAUAUCUUGAGAAAGCUUACAAGUCCAUGUUAAGACAAUUUUUGGCUUUACAAAUAUUCUUUAAAUUUGACAUAUAUUUUACAGUACAUGUUCAUUAAUAAUAAAUGGGUCAAUUGCAUGUCUUGAAAUAGUCAUAACGUUUAAUUCCUCUCAAAAGAUUAUCCAUUUUAAAAUAUAUAUCUCAAAUUUGUUUGUUUACGAGUUGCACAUAAAUAUAAAUACAGUUGUGAUGAAAUCAUAUUGUGACUUCUGCAAAAUCUUCUUUGAAAUUCAUCUCAGUCUAUAUAAAAAGGUAUUUUUUUAGCUUUGUUAAUUUAUAUUUUUACCUAAAAUAUAUUUAAUUAAUCACUACUUGAAAUGUCGCAAGAUACAAAUCGGUACAAAUCAUUAAGCUUGAUGGAAGGAAUGAGUGACAAUAAACAUACAAACCAAGACUGGAUCAUGAGGUUUGGAAAAUUAAUUUCCAGAGCUCAGUAGAUAUUGGCAUGUUGGUACAAUAAGAAAUGUAUAAGGAAAGCACACUUUAAGUGAAGUACAGCACAUUUUGACACUUUACAAAUAUUCACUAAAUAUUGCAGCCAAAUACUUAAAUUGCUUGUUUUUAAAGUUUUAACAUUGUUAAGUGCUGUAGAUGUGAAAAGAGAACUCAUCAUUGCGCUAAUAUGUUAUUAAGUGGUCUUAAAGGCUUUAAGUACUGUGGUGUGUGGGCAUUUGUUUCCGGCUUGCAAUUUGCCUCUUUGUUAAGCAAACAGCACUAUCAUCAGAUUGUGAAAACCUACUUAACCUCCUUAGCAUUGCAUUUUAUUCCAAAAAACCAUGUAAAAAGAAUUGCGCUUUUUUUUUGCAUGAA